GUCUACCGUAGUUCAGUCUCAACGUUGACGGUGCGCGACAGCCAGCAAAUACGGUCAUUUUAAAACCUGAACUGAUAUCGACUUUUUUUCUUAUUUUUUAUUUUUUUUUUUUUUUUGGCUGAAAACGAACCGAGCAACAUUGCAAUAACCACCGAGGACCGGAUAAGUUUUCGGUUACUGGCUGUAAAUUAUAUUUUAAACUACGGAUGGAAGACUCGAGCAAUACCACCAACGUGCUAUGAUUGGAUGAGAUCAGAUAUAAAGGAAAUCUUGGAUUCUAGUAUUCGGAUACAGUUGAAUCAGUUUAAACAUGAAGAAAAUAUUUCCUGUAUUAUUCGUCGCUAUUUUAGCAAAUUUUUAUCCCGUCUCGUCUAAUGGCGGAUGCAAGUUCGACGAGGUCGAUGGAUACUAUUUUUGCUUCGAAGCGACAUAUGGCGACAUCAAGGAGAUUCCGAAAAAUGCUCAAGAUAUAAGAAUCGCAAAAUCGAAGCUUCACGAUCUUCCCCCAAAGGCUUUCGCUGCAUUCAAUCUCACCAAAUUAUCUUUUGUCAUCACCGAAAUCAGAAGCAUUUCAUCGAACGCCUUCGACGGUCUUCCAAAUUUGCAGUUAUUGAUGUUCUACGAAUCGCUGAAUCAUUAUGACCGUAUAAAAACUUCGUGGUUCGGAAAAUUGAACAGUCUGAUAUAUCUAUCCAUCUCGGAACAUACCGUUCGCCACAUUGAUUCUGACUUCUUUUCGCUGGUACCCAAUCUGACUACUCUCCGUCUCGAGAAAUCUAAUCUAUGCUGUCUCGAAAUUGCACCCCUUAAAUCAUUGAAAAAAUUGAAUUGCGUCAUGUUCGGAGUUGACAAUGAUCACUGCAGUUCCACCUCCGAUAUUAUAGGAUGGUUGAAAAAUGAGCAAAAGAUUUAUCGGAGGAACUUUCCGAUGGAGAGACCAAAAGAGGUGAUAACGCCGCAACGGAAGGAUCCUGAAAUACCAUCGACCGAACUACGGGUUAGAACCGUGUUUGCCGCUCGGCAAGUUAACGAGCUCGAAAUAAACGAGGGAAAUGAAAUUUCGAUCGUCAGCGACACUCUGAAUUCCCUGCGGUUUAUAUCGGACGAUGUGCGAUCGAUAAAAUUCUCGAACUCUGAAAUUACCGAAAUACCAGAGUCCGCGUUUCAACGAUUUGGAAACAGUCUGAUCACCUUGUCAUUUCUAAACUGUAGUAUCCGAACUAUACACCCGAACGCAUUUAAGGGUCUCUACAAACUGAAAAAUCUCUCGUUGUUCAACAACAGUUUUUCUGCCGUUCGCAGCAAAUGGUUUGAAAGUCUCCGUAAUCUCGAAUAUCUCGCUUUAGAGGGUAACGAAAUCGAAUAUAUUCACCUUCGCGUGUUCCCCAUGCUUCGCAAUCUGAAAUAUCUGAACAUCGCGAACAACAAGAUAGAGUGUAUUCCCGUCAAUAAAUUCGGAUUACUGAAGAAUCUCGAACAGAUAUUUUUAGCGUAUAAUCCUUGGGACUGUCAGUGCCACGAGAUUCUUCGAAAAUGGCUACACAAGCAAAAAAUAAGAUACGUCACGUCACGAGGACCGUGCGAAAACGGAACGAUACUAAUGACGGAUGAUUUGUUUGAACAGAAUUUCGAAAUGCCGAACAAAAAAUUUACAGCACCUACCGAUGCAGAUGAAAUGGAAGAUGGCCAGUUCGAGAAUGCGGGAAGUUUGGUUUCGAUAUUCGAAAGUCAAGUUAAGGAAAUCGCUAACGAAAACUAACAAUAAGAUGAUAUGAUGAAAGAAUUGCAGCUAUGCGCUAAUUAGGGGUUGCUGAAACAUUUAACCGCUUUUCCUGUCCUCGGCGCGUAUAUGAUUACGAAUUCGUAUUCUUUGCAAUGUCUAUCAAUGUAAUAUUAGUCGAAACCUCGUUUGAGAAAAAACUGCGAACUUACUAAAUAAAAGAAGCUUUAUUUUAUUUUCGAACAAAAA